AUGGGAACUAAGACAACAGUAGCUUUCUCUGUUAUUUUUAUGGAAGACCUAGAAAAACGACUACUAAUGGCUAACCCCUCGAAACCUUUGGUCUGGAAGAGAUUUAUUGAUGACAACCUUUCACUGUGCGACAGUUCAGUGAAAGAAGUUUACAACUUUUUGACUUCGCUAGGCUUCUUACGCAAUUGCAUAAAUUGCGUUCCAAUUUCAUUUCCGCAAUUGUUAUAUAAUUUAUUUCAUAUACAUCACAUUCAUCUCAUCACGGGAACACAAGAACACACAAUUGCGGAGUAGCUCCCAACAUCAGUGGAUUCAUAGCUCAGUUGGUUAGAGCAUCGCACCGGUCACUGGUUCAAACCCCGUUCAAGUCUUGAAUUUUUUCAGGCUUUUUGCGCGAUAUACUCCAUUUGACGUUCAACCCUACAAUCAAGUUUACUUCGGUGUGAAAGGUCAUCUGAACGCGCUUUUUUCCUUGAUACUGAGGCUUUUUAAGCACCUCCUCGCCUUUCAACUCAAACACAUUUCAAGCACACCGAAACUUUUCAACUUCUCAUCUUGCCACCCUUUAAUCUGCAUAACUCAGUCAAAGAAAACUUUGAACAAAGCAAACGAGACUGAACACAGACUCUGUCGAAGAGGCUAUCCUUUACGCUCGUUCAAGAAAUACUGCCUGAGUUAAGUUCGCCGACAGAAAUGAGGCUCUUUGCAAUAAAGCAAAACAAACAAAAGAGAUUUUAUCGUUUGUUACUAUCUACAAUCCAGCCACACUGAAUCUCAAAAAAAAUCUUUUGAAACACCGGCACAUCAUUCAACAGAAACAUAAGCUUAAACAAAUCUUUACCCAGCCACCGAUUGUCUCCCACAGGAAGAAAAAAUCUCUUAACGACAUUCUAGUCCGCGCAAAAAUUUCUAUAAUCUCGCAACAAUCACAAAAUCAGCAAAGCGGUUAA